AUGCGAUGUGCGGCGGAAGCUGCUGAGAAGGCAGCUAAGCGUGUUAUCGCAGCUUCUCUUGACGAUGCUUUGUCUACUGCCGCUUUAACUCUUUCUGCAGCACCAGUUGCUGCAGUGGCAUGUGGUGUGUCACCACGUGCUAUUGAUGUUAACGGUUCCCAGGUGGAACUCUUCUUUUCGGGGGAGUCGGACGGUGGGCCCGACUCGAAGAAGACGCCUAGGUCGUUCAAGUCUCAAAGCGUGACCGAGUACUGGCCUACGAAUUGGACUAGAGCGGGUUGCCAGGCUCAUUAUGACUAUAAGAGCCUGUUUAGACCGGAGGAUGAGUUUUCUGACUCAUCUCUGCGCCUGCUGCUGCACAUGCGCUUCUUGGCGAAUGCGGUUUUGUUUUGCAUCGUCGUGAUACUGUUGUAG